GUUCCACAUCACUUUAUACCUAGAUGACACAACAAUACUUUAUAAACACCUCCCUGGUUCGUGAUAUAUCCUUUGUUCCACUAUUGUUUUUGCCAUCACCCCCGCAACAGGCUCGCAGCCAUGGAGGUAACACGCCGACCCCGUGAAUGCUCAUCAGCCUCCUCGACAGAUGAUGAGUACAAGUUUGUCCGCCCAGGUCAGUGUAUCUGCUGCAGACGUUCGAAAACACAGGGCACUUUCUUUGAAUUGAAAAAAGGAUACCUUUCCCAUCGGUUUUGGGCUCGCUGGGAAGCGACAGGCAACUUGUUUCGCGCUGCCGCGGAGCAAAAUUGCAGUCGUUGCGGUUUCGUUUUCGACAUCGUAGUUGCAUAUAUGAGUGCUAUGAGUUACAAGGGCACACAUUUCAUACGAGUCUGGAACGGUAUUGAUGACCCACACUCUUUACGUGCAAUGGUGAUGAUCACUAUCACCUCCGCUGGAUUCUCCGGGUCUCGGAGUCUCCGGUUGUUGCACUUGAAAGAUGGCUUCCACGAUCUUGCUAAAUUGCCUUGGAAUGUCGUCACGUACCCAACACUCGCAGAAGAUCCGGUAUGCGAACAGGCCCUUGCACCGGCCAAAGCUUGGAUGGAGGAAUGCUUGAAGUCGCACGAAGAGUGUCAAUCAACCGCAGUCUCUCAAAUGCCCACGAGAGUUCUGGAGUUAUCAGGAUCGAAAGUAAGUCUAAGAGACACUCAGGAAAUUGGUUCGACGUCAAUGUAUGCAUGCCUGAGCCACUGCUGGGGUGAUAAAGGGCCAUCAAUUCAACUGACGAGUAGCUCCGCUGCUCAGUUGAAGGCAGGUGUUCAUAACGAGACGCUCCCAAAGACCUUUUCUGAAGCAGUCAAGGUUUGUCUGCAGCUUGGGAUAUCCUACUUGUGGAUUGAUGCACUCUGUAUCUACCAAGACGACCUCUCAGACUGGGAAGAAUGUGCGUCAGAGAUGGCCGGCGUUUAUUCAAACGCACUGAUCACCAUCGCGGCCCGAUCUGCUGGGACCAGCGACGAUGGACUUCGUCACUUUGUCAAAGAUCGAUUUCGAAACAUUUUAGUGCCAUCCACCGGACUAUAUGUAAGAGAAUAUGAGCGUGAGCUUGGGCUUAAAUCCUUCCACCAAGAAGACAAGGACCUGUUCCCGCUCAUGACACGCGCUUGGGUCUUUCAAGAAAGGCAUCUCUCGCCUCGGACUUUGGGCUUUGAUAUCUACCAGUUAGUGUGGCAGUGCCAGCGCUCUUGUCGCAUAGAGGAAGGGCCGGUGUUGGCACACAAAGGCUACUUGCAGACCGAGCCCGAAGAUCUAACUAGCACCUGGCAUGAGAUAGUUGAGGCUUACUCAAAGCUGCAAAUCACACAUGAGAGCGAUAGGCUGCCAGCUUUAUCUGCACUGGCAAAGAAGAUGGGCGAUUUCCGUGGAGACGAUACUUAUCUCGCCGGCCUAUGGACCAAGACUUUACUUCGAGAUCUCCAAUGGCAGGCGUUCUCCCCAUAUCAGCAGCGCUGUAACGCAAAUGCACCAAGCUGGUCCUGGGCUUCGGUAACCGGACAAGCGACAUAUCCUCCUUGUUCACUGCUACCCAGUGUCGAGUUGUUGAAUGUGUCAUACACACCUGACGGACCCUCACACAUGGGCAGGUCAACAGAAUCCAGACUAACCAUCAAAGGCCAAAUUGGAAGUGUCAUCAGACGCCAGUCUGAGUUUCGGGGCUACAAUUUGGUUCUUAGCAACCAAAGUAAUUCGAAAUUCUCUGGCUCGGGAAUCCAGCUCCAGACCGAUCCAGACCUCCUACCCGGCGUAGAGACAGCAACGCAGACCCAGGAGACGCUUACUGUACUAUUUAUGACGUCUGAGAUCGAUUCUCCGGAGCUCUUCAAACGUUUCUCGGGACUGUUGCUUCGAAGAGCGUCUGCAUCGGCAUACGAGCGCAUUGCGUGGAUUGAUGUUUCAUACAAGGGCGAAUUCGACUCAUGGGAUAUCACGGAUGCAUUCUCAGACGAUUCGGACCCCUCGACGGCCAAAUUCAAAGACACAGCUGAGUUCUUUGCCUGCAGUGACACGCCCAUGGACAAGUAUAUGGCAACUUUGCCAGUGGAGGCAGUGACUAUCAUCUGAGCAAUACCUAGGUAUUGCUGAGCGCGGGGUCAGACCAGCCACUUGCUAUUUUGUAGAAUUCAACCAAUUCAUAUCGCAGCCGAAAUAUUGGAUGACUCGGGUUCGCUCUUUUUAGAAAGCGUUCCAACAAGACCAUGGACCCUUCUUGCCUGAUACAGCAUUUUGCUAAGUGGCUGAUCAGAAAUUCGUGCCUGAAGCGCGUGGAAACAACAUGAAAUGAGGGCAGUCACGUCC